ACAGAAAAAAACAUAUAAAGAUUGAAUUGAGUAAUAAAAAUUGUGGUGGUUCUUCAGGUUUUAUCAUUUUAUAAUCUCCAUAACGAUACAUCGUUAAAAUACAUACUAUACAUAGAAUAAAAACUCAAAAAUUCGAAGAAAGUUUAAAAGGAAUGUUUUCGGUAUCAAUUAAAAGGCCAGUCGGAUUCUUCAUGGGGGUUGCGGCGGACACCAUAAGGUUCUCUGGGCACGCGACCUGUGGGAGGGUCGUUACGGUCUGCUGAGCCGUGAAACCACCCCAGUGUGGCAUCGCGCGUUGUUCCGCUACUCAUCCUCGUCGUUACUGUUGGAAUUGAACUGCGCUCCUCUUCGCAGUUGGAGUUCUCUUGAAUUUUUAACAGUAUUAUAAUCGUUGUGAAAGUUGCAAAUAAAAAAAGAGGAAAGCAAACAGAGAAGAUGAGCGCGUUCAAGAGACACCAGAGCAAAGUGUUCUGGAAUCAGAUGGCGACCAAGGAUCUAGAAAGUCUCGAUCCUUUCGCCGCGAGAAACGACUUCGUCAAAUUCAAGCAAAACGUCGGCGACAACUUCGAGAUAGUCGAAGGAGAAACGGAGGAACCAUCGUCCAGCAUUAACAAUUCCAGCGACACGGCCGACGGUGAAAAUGUAACAGCGAUUCGCGUCUAUCCGAACGACAACGAUGAUCGACAGUAUUCGAUGACUACUAUUAACGAAGAAAAUAUGAUGACUCAGGUAGCCACGAUGGAUAUAAAAGACGAAGACAAAGAGGACGAUAACAACAUUGUUCUAAGAAACAGAUCGUGCAGUCCCUUGAGCCAAGACUUACGAAGCCUCGAUUCCGGGUUCUCCGACUCUGAACGAUCAAAUUGUUCCGAAUGUUACGAGAACGAAACACCGAGGAGACGAAAAAGACGAAAGCGAGUCAAGGAUCGACGACACGGAUUAAAUCCGAGACUCAAAGCCGUAUGGUUGGAAGAUGAAACGCUCCCAAAUCCUACGUACACAUCGACGCCCAAGGACGCUAGAAUUUUUUCUCGAACUGCGGUCCUUAACGCAAAUGCCGAAAGAAGCGUGUCAAGAGCAGAAAGAUCGGAAGUCGACCAAACAGACGGUUCGACAACCCCAGUUGCCAUUUCUUUGGACGACGAAUGUCUCGGCGAUUUCUUGUAUGCAUCUGAGCCACCGGAAGAUGUGGUCGCUGCAAGAAGCGUGAACUCAUCGAACUCGGCUACUAACAUCUCCGUGACAGAGCCAACGUAUAAAUCUCGGCUACAUAUCAGAGUCUAUAGGCAAUCGUCGUCGGUGAGAGUAUGGCUAAGUGAACUCGCGAUGGAAACUGACAACGAGUGCAGCAACACACUUCAGAGCAAAUCCCUACCGCGACGUAAAUCUCGGGAUCUCUUUAAUGAAAAUGAUGACAUGACCGAUCUGAAGACACUGUCAUCCUUAGCCACUGCUGCCGCGAACAAACUGCUGAUCAAGGCGGACCGAUUUGAUCAGUAUUUCAAAUAUAUUUACAAUAAAGUGUCGCACUUAGAAGGCGGCAGAUCAGAGCAGGAGCUCAUACGUGCCAUAGAGGAAGACGCCUUCUCCGUGCUUUCGGAACUCGGUGCUCCACCUCCGCGUAGAAUCCAACAAAAUAGUUUGAAGGGAAUAUUAUCACAGUUGCAAGCUAUGAAAAACUACGUCGACACCGCUAUAGAUACUCGCUUAGACUUCUACAUCGAAAGAAUAGUUCGAGGAUUGGAAGAAGCCCCAAAAGAAGAUACGACACUAGCUAGAGGAGCUCUGGCAGCUUUGACUGCACUGGGCCUCGCUGGACGUAGAGCAGGAAACAGUAUCGCUAGAUGUUCAGGAAUAAGAGCACUUCUAACGUCGCUGAUUACCGCCGGACGGUCGUCGGUGGAUUUCGUGGCAACUUCGUUACGCGCUCUAGCAAGCGUUUGCUGCUCCGCCGCGGCGAUAAAUCAAUUCAUUAAAGACGGUGGUCCAGAAAUCUUAACAGACUUAUUAAUUGCGAAGAGCACUUCGGAGAAGGAGAGUAUGGAAGCCACGGCGUUGAUCGUACAGAUAACUGCUCCAUGGGUCGAUGCCAUAGGUCUCCCAUAUUUGGAGCCAUUCGUGAACGAUUUGAUACCGGCUUUGAAUCGUCUAGUCGAGAAUACUAACUGUGGUCAGACCUCCUUGUUAGUCGCAGCUGCGUUUAAUCAUUUGUCUAAGUCUAGGAAGUGCGCUUUCGUGAUUCUGGAACACGACACGAUCAAGAAACUGCUGAAAACGGCGAAGAAAUCGGUAGGCAAGAAUGUUUGGCUGAUGGAGCAGGUAGCGGCGCUUAUCAGUGAGCUGGCACGCAUUCCUGAAGCCCGGAAACACCUGGCGGAAGCUCGAGCAUCUAUCGCGCUCGUUUCUUUCCUGAGGAUGAGACCGCCCGGCUUAGAGGAUGCUUACAGACGAUUAGAAAUCACCGCCGCCGCCGCGCUCACUAGACUCUGCGUGGAUCCAGAGAUCGCGAGGCAAGUAGUCGCCGUAGGCGGCGCGGACUGCCUUCCGACGUACACGGUCGAAGAUCUUUCGACCGAAGACGAAGAGCGGAUUGAGGCUGGCUUGCUAAAUUACACGAAGUCGUUGAGGAGAGCGUGCAAAAGAGCCGCGAAGCAAAUAGACAUUGCGAAGGCUAGCGAUUGCAACAGUUUCGGUUGAAAUAAAAGAACGUUUGUACAUGUGAUAUAUGUAUAUUUUUUUUAUAAAAAACAGAUUUUAUGUUUAUAUACA